AGUGCUAGCUUAGCUGUAAAUCGAGAGGAUGUUAUGAACUUGUGAUUGUGAACUGGUAGCUGAUAAAUAGGAUUCGUAUUGUUUAUUCCAUUUAGGUGAAGAUUGUCAUUGAAUUUACAAUAUCCGUAUUUGUAAAAACGCAUCAUCAUGAGCACUCAAGAAAUGCAGGAAACCACAAGAGUUACCAGAAAAUCUCUUAAAACUCUACAACACACUGCUUCUGAUAGAGAAAACUUAGUGGGUAGACCGUCAAAAAGUUUAAAACACCAACUAAGCCAAGAGUCCCCAGUUGAUGUUGAGGUUAAACGAAAGAACUUGUCGACCAAGGAGACCCAAGCUAACCUCGAUACGAAAAUCACUGUUGACGAUCUGACUAAUCCUGAAGGACCAUCAGAAAAGUAUUGGGAACUUUUAGCUGAGAAGCGUCAAGUUGCUUUGCAAGAUGCCCUAGAUGAGAAUGAGAAGCUUAGAAAAAUUAUAGAAGAUCUCAAAGAAGAAAAUGCUCUAUUCAAGCAGAUGUUGGAUGAGGCUAACAGCUUUGUUGAAGUUAUUAAGGAGGAACUAGCGAACAGCAGCAACAAUGACACUGGUAUUGAUGUGAAUGAUGUCAGCACUGCUGAUGAAACCACAGACGAUGUCGAGUCCAAGACUGCAAAUGAAGAUUAAGCCAGUCUCCAUAAUAAUUUGAUGUUUUGGAAACCUAAUAUAGGCAUAAUCUAUUUAAGUAUUAUGUGGGCUAACACCUCAUACCAAAUAUUUUUUCUUUUACCUCUUAUUGAUAAAACAAAAAAUUAUAUAAGUUUGUGAGUGUAACUUAUAUUGUGUAAAAUGAACUUAUAGGUAAUAUACAAACAACUGUGGAUAGAAAAAUAAACACCAUGAGACUGUUUUUUAUACUUUACACAAUAAAUGUUGCAUUGUAAAUGAAGAAUUUUUUUAUGUUUUUUGUCACCUAAGAAUACUAAUUUACUUUUAUUAUUUGAGGGCUUUUUAUGCAUUUACUUUUCUACUACUCGUUUGUAAUUUGUUUUGUGCAGUGUUAGUACUUGGUUAUUUCUAAUUUCUAUAUUUUUUUGCACUCAUCUAAUUGCUUUGAGUUUUCUCUAAUAUAUUUCAUUUGAAGGAUCAAUCUUAUUCAUGAGAUUAGCAUUUCCUUAGUAUAAUUUAGUGAUGUAAUUUUUUUAUCCUAUUUUUGAAGAAUUAUUAAAAAAUAAAACUGAAUUUAAAAAAA